ACCGCCCCCAUUUCAGUUUAAUUUCUCAAAACUAACGGGAGUGAUUUCGAAUACUUUGAUAGUGUUCACACUAAGCGAAGCUUACUCGUUCAUCCGUUUAAAAAGCCACGAUGUUAUUUGAUGAUAUUCUGAAAAGUCUUGGCGAAUUCGGGAAGUACCAGAGUUUUGUUUUUUUCCUGGCGUCCAUGCCCGGCGUUUUCAAUGGACUUCAAAAUCUGAAUAUUGUCUUCAUCCUGGCUAUUCCGAAUUUCAGAUGUGCCAUUCCUGGGUUCCUAAAUGACACCUAUGCCACCCAAGGCGACAAACAUGCGGAGCUCAUCAAUUUCACCAUCCCAGCCGAAGAUAAUUGUCACAUCUACGUCAACCGAACCGAGGACAAUUUCAACCAGACGGCAGCCUGUGACGGCUGGGUGUACGACAAAAGUGUCUUUGUCUCGACGGCUGUGACAGACUUCAACCUCGUCUGCCAGCGAUCCAUCCUUCGUUCCAUCACUGCCAUGAUGUUCUAUCCCGGCAUGCUUUUCGGUGGUUUGAUCGGAGGACAUCUGGCUGACAGAUUUGGGCGUAAACUGAUCAUUUUCACCAUGGGUAUCGGUCUGGUAGUGAUUGGGUUCAGUUUGGCUUUCUCACCGAACGUAUACGCCUUGAUGGCAUUCCGAUUCGUAUCCGCAUUUUUUGGGAUGGCUUUUUAUGCGGGAGCAUUCGUAUUAGGUAUGGAAAUAAUAGGCCCCAAUAAACGGAUGAUUGCUGGCAUUCUCAUGGGCGCCUUCUUCACGAUAGGUUACGUUCUCAUCACCCCGUUCGCCUACAUCUUCAGAAACUGGAGACACAUGCAGAUUGGCCUCUCAGUCCCGUCUCUGUUCCUCGUUUUCUAUUGGUGGUUGCUUCCCGAGUCCCCGAGGUGGCAAUUUAUCGUAGGAAGAGAAGACGAAGCGGAGCAGACGUUACGUAGAGCGGCCGAAGUCAACAAGGUUACCCUGCCUGAGAAGUUGUUUGACUCCCGAACAGUCGAAAAGAAACCGACAGAUUCCUUCAUUAGUAUGUUAAGAUACAAGGUGCUCUUUUGCAGGAUGGCUAUUAUUUGCUUCAAUUGGGGUGCUGUGUCUAUGGUGUAUUACGGCCUCGCACUAAACUCCGGGAGACUAGUUGGCGACAUCUUCGUCAACUUCCUCGUGUCCGGCCUUGUCGAGUUCCCGGCCAUGGCCUUCGCCAUUUUCACCCUGAACCCGUUUGGAAGGAAGAAGGUCCAUGCCUUCUGUAUGUGCUUGGCAGGAACGUCUUGUAUCGCUUCUAUAUUCGUGAUGCUAUUUGCAGAUCCAGAACUCUCGUGGAUCUUGGUUGUCCUCUCAUCAAUCGGCAAGUUUGGAGUCUCUGCCGCAUUUUCCAUUGUCUAUGUCUACACCGCCGAGCUGAACCCGACUGUUGUGAGGACGGCCGCUAUUGGACUUGGUUCGGUAGCGGCGAGGAUCUUUACGCUGGCGGCUCCGUAUAUCGUUGACUUGGGUGACCUCGUAGGCGGGGACUUUGCCAGCGUUCUACCUCUUGUCGUUUUUGGAAUCGUCUCUGUUACUGCCGGCCUAUUGGCCCUCCUACUGCCGGAGACAAGGAGGCGGAGGCUCCCGGAGACUAUCGAGGAUGCACUACACUUCACUAGUCGACCCACGAAUCGCACAGCAGAUGUUCCCGAAGUCAACCUAGGGUUCUCAGGCGCAGACGACCAGGCUGACGAUAAUAGUCACGUGACCAAUAGAAGGCCGAAAACGGAAUCUGUGAGGGCGGAAAUAAACCUCGCAUUACGGCCAGAGGAGGAUGAUGUAGCUUGUCAGAUGAAUACAAGUUUAUAGAUCUUUGCAGGGUAGUUUCGAGAGAGAUGAUUUUACCACUCUCUAUCGUAUGUUAAAUAUUUGAACACGAGAAGUCCUUUACCCAAAAUCAAAUGCAUAAAUAGCUACAACCCGUCCAUCCUUGCGUCAGGAAUUGGCGGAGCCGCGCAAUGACUUGGGACGAGGCUGGCACCGAGAUAGUACCGGGUGUGUCGACGAAAGCUUGUAAUAAAACGUAUCAUUUGAAUUGUAUU